UUUGGAUUUCAAUCAUAGCAUACCCCUAUUUUCAUUUUCAUUAGGUACUGCGGCUACUAUAGUUACUAUUGUUACUACAGCGCCAUUUGUCCAAGAAUAUCCCUCGAUUUUGGUCAAUCAUGGCUGAAAAUGACGACACCCAUGAACAUACAUCCGAUCCCAACACGGAAAUCCCACGACUAAAUCCGGAUGAACCACUUGAACCAGAAUCUUCGGAUCCGCCUGAUGAGGCCGUUGACGAUACAACCAGCGAUUAUUCUGAUGUUAACUCAACUGAGUCCAUUGAUGAUUGCACACCCUUGUACGAAUUUCUCGAAAAGCAAACGGAUGACAGUUACGACGCCGACAAACUCUCUAAGCUAUUAGCCAACAAAAAGGACAUAAAUACUCCCUCUGAGAACGACUACAAACGGACCCCACUACAUAUAGCCAUUUUCAAUAAGUUGACAGAUGCGGUCAAACAACUAAUUCUUGCCGGGGCAUCAGUCUCAGUGCCAGAUGAGGAUGGACGACACCCAUUACACUACGCAUGCCAAGCCGAGAGCCCAGAAAUUGUCGAGCUGCUAUUAAAGCAGGACGGAAUACAGCUUGAGGCCACAGACUGUGAAAGAAGUACUCCUCUCAUAACUGCGUCUCUCGGGUACAGCGCGGAGAUCAUUCAGUUGCUAGUAAAUGCCGGAGCGAAUACUCAAGCUACCAAUGAAUAUGGCUCGUCCCCCCUCUACUACGCAAGUCGAUACAGGGAGAUAGAUUUCGCCAAAAUCAUCCUCAAAAAAGAUAAAGAUAGCGUGGAUAUUACAAACGGCGACGGUUUAACCCCACUACAUGCAGCAGUGGUGGGUGGAUAUGAAGAUAUGGUUCGCUAUCUGCUGGAUGAAAGAGCUGACUUUAACAUACCCGAUAAAAAUAAAAGAACCCCUGUGUGGACAGCAGUCGAUAGAGACCUUCCCAAUAUUGUAGGUAUAUUGGCUGAUCAUACAGCGGAAAUCAACGUGCCCUGCAAUGAUGGUCUUACUCCCCUCAUGGUAGCGGCUAAAAAUGGCCUCGAGGAUAGCGUUGGUAUUUUGCUAGAUCACGGUGCUGAUCCCAAUGUCAAAUCAGGCGUCAAGUGGACUGCGUUGAUGUACGCUUGCGACAAACAUCCAGGCAACGUGUUGGAAAAGCUCCUUGGACUUGAUAACCUUACAUGCAUUAACGAUCAAGACGAAGAUGGGAAAACAUCUCUACAUAUAGCAAGCUCGCAAGGUCAUGCUAAAGCUGUCGCCUCUCUCCUAAAGGCGAAUGCUCACAUCAACACAACCGACAACGAGGGUAGAACAGCACUACAUUACGCAAGCGAGACUCAUGAGUGGUACUUGCUUGACCUAUAUGAUACGGAAUACGAACAAAUCGGCCAAGACACGUCUCUAGAUAUAGAGAAUAUACCAUCAGCGUCUGGUCAAUAUUGCAUGACGUUAGACAUUCUUCUCCGACAAGGGGCCAAUUUCAGGGCGCAGACUAUCCACGGGGACACGGCACUACACCUUGCAGUAAAACAAGGAGAUCCCAGAAGAGUUCAGGUUAUCUCGAAUACGAAUAUGCAGAACUUCCAGGAAUACACCACUAUCCAGAACAAGAAGGGCAGAACGGCACUAUAUGUGGCAUUUGAAUCAUACACGGAAUCCGAAAAAUACAGAUUAGAUACAAUGAGGCUUUUGCUCCACAAGAUGAGGUGUGCUGAUUUUGGCGAGCAUAGCGAACACGAUGAGCAAGAGGUCAUUAUAUGGGCGGCCGAGAGCGAACAUACACAUGACAUUGCGAAGAGCUUAUUUGCAAAGAGUAAAGCCACAGUUGAUAGGGAUAAGCCUCAUCGUUCGGAAUCCUGGAGUGUUAUUGAGUGGGCAACCUAUAGAGAAAUGCCAAAGGCUGUCUGGGUACUUUUGUCUAGCUCGCCCUUGACGCCUCAGACGAACGAAAAUCGCCUUAAAGCACUGGAUUAUGCCAACAGUCAAGUUUCCAAAAUGGCGGGAAGGAAGAGCGAGCCACGCCAAACUAGGGAUGGAGGCAAAAACAAGGGUAAAAAAGCUGAUGACCAGAAACAGGAAGAUACCCGACCUGAUGACAUAACCCUCAUCAGAGACAUCUUACUCGACUCUCUAUUUACACAGACUUCAAGACCUGAAGAACCCUUCAUGAAGCCCAUUAUUGAGGGUACCUUGGCAGCAACAGUACAAGGUUUCGAGGCAGCAAUCAUUGAUUUCUAUGAAAGUGAAUCAAAAUCAGGGUUUCUUAGACGGUUCCGCAAUGUGAAAGAAGUUAUCUACGAUAAAGGGCCCCGGCAUAUACUUAAAGAUGCAAAGACCAAUUUAGGCAAGGCUCUUGGCUUCCAGUCAUCGGGGUAUUCUAAGCCGUCGAACGAUGCAUUGGCUUUACAUGAGAUGUACAUCAAAGAUAAUCCGAAGUUCACCUGGGUUCACUUGCCAGCGACGAAUAUGGUAUGGAUGAAUGACCUUCUAAGGAGAAUCAUGUGGGAUGCAGCCGGAGAUAACCAUGAAGAAGAGAAGAAAAAGGAGUUCAAUGAAAUGAACUCGUUCUUCCGGGACAGUUGGCUGCAAGUGCCAAAUACAACAUCUCCAUCACGGUUCAUGAAGCCUCAGUGUGUCUCAGAUAAAAACAACAUUCAUAGGGCAAUCUAUAUACCAUAUCUCACUCUUUCGAGGAAUUUUUCUCGAGUUCCAGAGAAAGCGAAGAAAAAGCACAAGACUUUGUUUGAUGCCUAUAAAGACAAAGUCAUCCAUGGAUUUCCGACACUUGACGAGUCAUACUAUCACUUUACAAAGGAUGAGAGUGCUCAAGAGGAUCGAACGCAUCGUAACGAAACUCAAGUUAUUACCAAGGCAUUACGGCGACAUAAAGGUAACCCCUCGGAGUGGCCACUUCUCCGAGUGAACCAAUUGUGGAUUUGGGUUAUUAAUGAUAAUAAUCUCAUUACUUCUACUACAUAUCCAGUGCACAAAGAAGAUCACUCCCUAUUGACAGACAUUUUUGGCUAUCUGAGCAAGAAAACUGAAGUUGGAGGGAGUCUUUCUCAGCCUAGUACUGCAGCUGAAAUGAGCAAGAUGCUUGUUGAUUUCUGCGUUGAUUUCUAUGAGCAGAUAGAAACGGAUCUGAAUGGCCAAUCCACGCGUCAAAUAUAUUUCAAUGCGAUCAAUGAAAUUGCAAUGAAGGAGACGAUCCUAUACGAAAAGUUCAACCGGGAAAAGAACAAGAUCAAUGGAGAUACAAGUGACAAUCCGGACAGUGAAACUCGAGGAAAGGGGAAAGCUAAGCCAGAAGAUAAGGAGGAUAAAAGGGAGCUCGCUUCUGUCGAGAUUGUAUCGAAGGCCCUCAGUGAAGCGGCAAGGCUCUCCUGCGAAAUCAAAGAUAUUCGUGAUGAACUCAACAUUCUCAAGACUAUCGCCCAAUACCAACACACUGUCCAAGUUCAACUUGACAAUGUGCCAGCAAAGAGUGAUAGCUCCAAAGCUACCACUUCACUGUAUUCCGACUAUUCAGCAGCCCGUAUCGUCCAUGACAUCCUAGCAAUGGACAAAGCUGCGGAUCGGAUUCAUUCAGCCGUGGACACAAUUCUCGCGCUGGAGCAAAAUGAGACUGCGAAUAAACUAGCCGAUGAGAGUGUAAAGCAGGGCCAAACGCUUAUGACUUUUACUAUCAUCACCGUCCUUUUUUUGCCUCUCUCAUUCCUUUCAUCUAUUUUCGCCCUUGACUACGAAAACUCUCGUCAAACUCCAGGAAAAGUAUAUGCUAUCAUAGUCCUCGUUGCUUUUGGGGUUUUUCUUUUGAUUGUCGCGUUUGGCUUAAAGCAAGAUCAAUCAAAACGGGCCGGGCAAUGGUUACUUGGUUGGCUACCGAAACCGAACUCCAACCUGCUGUCUUUCAAGUGGGACGUGAAUCUAACUUGGAAGCUGUUGUUUUGGUUUGGGGAAACAAAAGCCGGCCAGCGAAUAUUUAAGUCCGAUGAGGGCGGUCACAGGCAAGGCGGUGAACCCAGGAGCAACACUGGCGAAGUCCCAUUGAGAUCGGUAACGUCGGAAUAGGAAGGGAAGAUCACUCUAUUUUUGUGUAGAGGUACAGUUCUAGUGAUGAGGGCAGUGAACGUGAUAGGGGUCAUCUUAUGGAUAUUAUGAGUUUGGAAGUUAGUGUCCCUCGCCGUUCCUGCUUUCAUUUCAAGUUAGGUAUCUAGGGAGUAAUCUGAAUCUAUGCACUCAUGUUCUUAACCGCUUAGAGCGUCAUAUGCUGUCUAGCUUUACUAAAUGACUCUCCACGGACAUGAAAUUCAAAUCUAAUAAGGUAGUUUAGGUA